CCAGAGCGAAAAACCUGCGAGCGAGGAGGGCAUCCAGUGCAGGAGCCGGGAGGCUGCGAGCCACGGUCCCGCUCAGUCCACGUAGGAAGUCAUCACACCUUGUCCCUCCUCCGUCCUCCGACAGCCAGCGUGGGCAUCGUGACAUGGACGUGGGCACUGCUGUGGGACUGCGGUCUGCCGGGAGGACGUGGACUCUGGGCUCUCGUGGCAUCUGCUACCUGGGCAUCGCUGCCAUCGCAUGGGUGACGCGAGUGGAGGUGGGUGCCUGGACGUACCACUACAGCGACCAAGGGGACUACACCUGGGAGCAGGCCAGGAACUACUGUCAGACCUUCUUCACCGACCUGGUGGCGAUCCAGAACAAGCAGGAGAUCGAGUUCCUCAAUGAGAGCCUGCCCUUCCAUGGGCGCUACUACUGGAUCGGCAUCCGCAAGCUGGGCGGCAUCUGGACCUGGGUGGGCACCAGGAAGGCGCUGACGAAGGAGGCGGAGAACUGGGCAGUCGGGGAGCCCAACAAUCGCCGCUCCAACCAAGACUGUGUGGAGAUCUACAUCAAGCGGCAGCAGGAGUCGGGCAAGUGGAACGAUGAGCCCUGCAACCGGAGGAAGAAGGCGCUGUGCUACCAGGCCUCCUGCCAGCCCUUCCCGUGCAGCCAGCGUGGCGAGUGCGUGGAGACCAUCGGGAGCUACCGCUGCGAGUGCUACCCCGGCUUCUACGGCCCUGAGUGCGAGGACGUUGUGCAGUGUCCCAAGCUUGAGCCCAAGGGAGUGCGCAUGAACUGCAGCCAUCCCUACGGAGACUUCAGCUACAACUCCACCUGCGUGGUUGGGUGCCAGGAGGGGUUCGAGCGGCGAGGGGUGGGCACGCUGCGGUGCCUGGCUUCCCAGCGGUGGUCAGCAGACACCCCCACGUGCACAGCCAUCUCCUGCCCGGUGCUCAGCACUCCAGACCGAGGAGAGCUGAACUGCUCCCACCUCCAUGGGGACUUCGCCUUUGGCUCCACAUGUGCCUUCUCCUGCCAGACCGGGUUUGUGCUGAUGGGGCCAGAGAGCCGUGAGUGCACAGUCACAGGGACCUGGACAGGGGAUGCCCCACGCUGUCAAGCCAUCUCCUGCCCGGUGCUCGGUGCUCCAGACCGAGGAGAGCUGAACUGCUCCCACCUCCAUGGGGACUUCACCUUUGGCUCCACGUGUGCCUUCUCCUGCCAGACGGGGUUUGUGCUGACGGGGCCAGAGAGCCGUGAGUGCACGGCCAUGGGGACGUGGACAGGGGAUGCCCCACGAUGCAAAGCCAUCUCCUGCCCGGUGCUCAGCGCUCCAGAUCGGGGAGAGCUGAACUGCUCCCACCUCCAUGGGGACUUCGCCUUCGGCUCCACAUGUGCCUUCUCCUGCCAGACCGGGUUUGUGCUGAUGGGGCCAGAGAGCCGUGAGUGCACAGUCACAGGGACCUGGACAGGGGAUGCCCCACGCUGUCAAGCCAUCUCCUGCCCGGUGCUCAGUGCUCCAUACCAGGGAAAGCUGAACUGCUCCCACCUCCACGGGGACUUCACCUUUGGCUCCACGUGUGCCUUCUCCUGCCAGACCGGGUUUGUGCUGAUGGGGCCAGAGAGCCGCGAGUGCACGGCCAUGGGGACCUGGACUGGGGAUGCCCCACGCUGUCAAGCCAUCUCCUGCCCGGUGCUCAGUGCUCCAGAUCGGGGAGAGCUGAACUGCUCCCACCUCCAUGGGGACUUCACCUUCGGCUCCACGUGUGCCUUCUCCUGCCAGACGGGGUUUGUGCUGACGGGGCCAGAGAGCCGUGAGUGCACGGCCAUGGGGACCUGGACUGGGGGUGCCCCGCAAUGCAAAGCCAUCUCCUGCCCGGUGCUCAGUGCUCCAGACCGAGGAGAGCUGAACUGCUCCCACCUCCAUGGGGACUUCGCCUUCGGCUCCACAUGUGCCUUCUCCUGCCAGACCGGGUUUGUGCUGAUGGGGCCAGAGAGCCGUGAGUGCACAGUCACAGGGACCUGGACAGGGGAUGCCCCACGCUGUCAAGCCAUCUCCUGCCCGGUGCUCAGUGCUCCAUACCAGGGAAAGCUGAACUGCUCCCACCUCCACGGGGACUUCACCUUUGGCUCCACAUGUGCCUUCUCCUGCCAGACGGGGUUUGUGCUGAUGGGGCCAGAGACCCGCGAGUGCACAGUCACAGGGACCUGGACUGGGGAUGUGCCGCAAUGCAAAGCCAUCAGCUGCCCGGUGCUGGAGGCCCCCAGCAGAGGCCAGCUGAGCUGCUCUCACGUGCACGGGAACUUCACGUACAACUCCACAUGCACCUUUUCCUGUGAGGAGGGGUUUGUUCAGAUGGGAGCAGAAGUGCUCCAGUGUGCAGCCACAGGGAACUGGACCAGGCGUCCCCCUGUCUGUGCAGAGGACGGUGCCGUCUUAAAGCAAGUCCUGGCUUACAGCAGCGGCACGGCUCUGGGGGUAGCCAGCCUCGUGCUCUCGGGGACGCUCAUUGCCCUCCUCGUCAAGCGGCUCAGCGACAGAGAGGAGAAGAAGAAGCUCCUGAACCCCACCAGUGACCUAGGAUCGCCGGGCACCUUCACCAACGCAGCAUACAACGCCAACCUGUAAGACCCAGCAGGAGCUGCUGCCGGGGCCGAGAGGGACUUUACGCCUCUGGCUGCAGUCCCGACCAGCGCUGCCACGGGAGGCUGCGCCCACGCUGCGUGUAUACACCCACCCUCUCCCGGGGGCGUGGAGCUGCCUUCCUGUUCCACCCAUGCAUGAAGACCUCUGAAGGCCCUUAGGCCGCCAUCACCGCCAGGCCCUUCCACUCGCGGAGCUGCCUCCCUGCCCAUGGACAUUCCCCCGCGGCUCCCCCUGUUCGUGCUUCUGGCCACGGGCUUGUGUCAGCAGGGCCUGAAUAAACGCCUGUGUCUAAUGA